AUGGCAGAGGAAAUAAAGGCCAACAAACAGAGUUAACUGAGAAGUGAUGCAUGAUUGAGGACUUGUCAAAAGCCAUGCAAGCUUUACACCAACACUGCAAUGGGAACCAAUGGGAGCCCAUAUGGAGGAACUGGAGGUGACCAUGACCCUGCAGACAUACUGGAAGGUAGUCUGGAGGAUCAGACUGUGGAUGGAAGGGAUGAAAACCCUUUCCAUGAUGCUGGAGCUGCAAACCAAGCAGGAAGAGGUGGAUUGGAAGAGAGGUUGACCCAUGCCCUUGAUAUGAAUGGUGUUAGAAUUAAUAAAGAAGAUGAAGAUUUUCAUGGAAAGAUGUAUGCAGAAGAUCUAGAUUGAGAAGCUGACCAGGAGAAUAAUUGUGACAUGUUAGAACCAGUUUGCGAUGGUUACUGUGUGAAGAUGAAGAAGUGGAUGUUCUUCUUCAAAUUGAAUCUUUGAUGAUUAGGAGAGUGGUGACAACAACUAAGGAAGGACAAGAUUGGAGGAUGCAUAACACCUUGCAUUCUUUAAGAGAAGAUGAUCAAGAAAAAGAAUCACUAGCU